UUUCGGCUACAACAAUCCGUCUUCAGUCAGUUCGCCAAAAGCACCUAGACAAAUCGUCGCAACAAUGGCUUCCUCUCUUCGCGCCCUCCGGCCCGCGGCCGCCACCUUUGCGCGCGCUGCCGCUGUGCGCCCCGCCUCUGUCGCCAGCAGAUACGUCAUUGCCUUUUCGCGAUCGGCCAGCAACGACAGCACAGAUAACCAGCAAAAGAAGGACCUCGACGUCGGCGAACUGCAAGGCGCCACCUUCAAGAUCGAGCCGCUCCGGAGAGUCGGCGAAGACCCCGCCACCAUGCGGGCGCGUCUUCUCUACCAAUCUCGCAAACGCGGCACACUCGAAUCCGACUUGAUCCUCUCCACUUUCGCCGCGUCCCACCUCGGCUCCAUGACGCCCGAACAACUCAAGCAAUACGAUCUGUUUCUUGACGAAAACGACUGGGACAUUUACUACUGGGCCACUCAAGAACCCCCCUUGCCCGGCCAGGAGAACCAACAUCUCCAAAACUCCGAGGAGGCUUUGUCAGAGAAGGAACAGUUGCCGCCUAACCCGCGCGCGGGCGAGUGGGCACAGACGGUCGGCACCUUUAAGCCGGCGUACCGCCCGGUCCCGGCUAGGUGGAAGGGCAGUGAGAUUUUGGAAUUGUUGAGGACGCAUGUCAAGGAGAGGGGGAUGGGCAGUAAGGGGGGGAUGGCGUUCAUGCCGAGGUUGGAGGAGUAUAAGUGAAAUCGGCAAAGAGAUGGAUGGGCCCAACCCAAGAUGUGAAACAUGGGAAAGGUGGAAAGCGAGAUGUGGGAGGCUCUUGGACGUGGGCGUGGACGUGACGAAACGGCCUAGUCAAAUGCCUGCGAGCUGAGUUAAGCUGAAGCCCGACUACAGAUGAGGAGGACGAGGAGGAGGAGGAGCAGAAGAAGGGGAGUGUACGAUAUUGUAUUUCGGUACAGUUGUGUACCACUAUAUGGGUCAACAAAAGAUGGACUACAGGUAGAUUCUGGAUACAAGGACGAGGCGAGCAUAUCAAGCGUGUGGGCUUUACCUAUGAGGCGUAGGGCGGGAUAUCUAUCUCCAUGGUUUGGGCGGAACGAGCUGGCCGCGCUCAGCUUUGCUUUCUCUUCGUCACUUCAUGGGCUCCGGUAGCAUACUAUACCAAAGCCAGUACGUAUUAACACAAUGUUAGAUGUCGAACUGGACCA